UGUCCCCUGGGGUUCCCUCCAUGUCCUGCCUCUGCAGGUGUGCAAGUGCAAGAGAUGGCAGAGCAGCAAUGCCCCCUCCAGCUCCUGCGCACAGCGUCUGGUCAGCUACAUUGUAGAAGAAUGCAGUCCUUAAAGAAUAAAAAUGUAGAUACGCCAGACCCAUUUUAUAGGCCUUCUGUGCCUAGGCAGAAGACCAGCGCUGAGAUUAUAAAUGAAGCGAGAAAUGCGCUAAGAACUUUAAGAACUCAAAGGCCACUUACACCUCGAGAGUAUCAAAGGAAACUUUUUGGAUCUGCAUCUUCACGAACUCCUGAUGAUAGACCACCUUCUGCUUUUAGUCUCCAUGCUUCCAGUUUUGAAUCUAGUGAAUCAAGACCAAUUUCUGGUGCACGUCUCAGCCCACUGGACCAUAAGCCGAAGCUGUUUUCAUCACCCACAAAAGAUCAGCAUUCUUCCAUUCCCUUUCCAAAACCACCUGUAGACCCCCUGGAGGUUAGAAAAGUCAGCAGUGCCCGGGCACGCUUGUUUAGAACAACUUCUUGGGGAAGUCUGCCUGAUGAGAAUAAAGAGAGGCUGAAUUCUGAAGACCCAGCUAUGAUGGACAAUCUUUCAAAGAGAAGUAAUGAAAAUUGUUUAGCAGAAUUGAGUACACACUCUCAUAUUAAGGAUGAUGAUAUUCUGCUAAUGUAUAAAGAAUAUAAUAUGUCAGAGAAGCAAGAUUUCUUAAAAGGAUCAGCAGCAGAACCUCCAUUGCAGCUAAGUGGGAGUGAUCAGAUUAAAAAACAUGGCAGGGCUUCAUCGUGUCCAAGCAACACUGACUGGGGUAAAUCAGGAAACCAAGAAGGUUUGAAGGAUGACUCAAAAGUAAAUGAAUCGGAAGAGGAAGAAAACUACUGGAAUGUAAAGAUUUUACCAAUUUUGUGUGAAUUAGAGAGUGAAGACAAUAUAGAAAAGCUCUGCCUUGCCUGUACCAGUCUCUAUCAAGCCUUGGAAGAAGGACAUAUGCUAGGAAAGAGAUUUAAAAGAAGAACUGUGCUUCUGAAGACAUUAUAUAAGCUGGUUGACAUUGGUUCAGACCCACUGUGCCUGAAAUUGGCAAAAAUUAUUCUGGCUAUGAAAGUGAGUGGAAAGAAUAUGCUGAGUGUGUGCAAACUUGCAUUUAAAAUUUGCAGAAAUGAAAAAAAUGAUUUUCUUAUCCAAAAUGACAAACUGUUGGAUUAUUUGUUGGAGGUCCUGAGAAUUGAAGAUUUACAAGCAAACAAUGAAGCUCUUCUUUAUUGUAUGGGGGCUAUAAAAUUCAUUUCUGGAAAUGCAGCUCUUCUUAAUGAAAUGGCCAACAAAGGAGCUGUGGAAAUACUGCUGCAGUUAGUGAAGCAGAUUAAUAACAUUAGAGAAAAUGACACACACUUCUCCAGCUUGGGUCAUCUCUUAGUCCAGCUGACAGCUACUUUACGAAACUUGGCUGACUUACGUCAGUCAAGAUGCCAGCUCCUGUGCAGUGAUGCCAUUUCAGAGCUCUGUGAAGUCUUGGAGCAGCGUAUAAGUGAUAAAGAUGUGUGUACCAAUAUCGCCAGGAUAUUUAGCAAACUUUCUUCCUAUAAUGACUGCUGUGCAGCUUUAGCAGAUUGCUCCAGAUGUUAUAUCUUAUUUUUAGCCCUCCUAAACAAACACCAAAAGAAGCAGGAUUUGGUUGUUCGUAUUGUCUUCAUUCUUGGUAAUUUAACAGCAAAGAAUAACCAGGCCCGUGAGCAAUUUUUUAAAGAGAAAGGGAGUGUUAGCAUCCUGACAUCAUUAUUCCAAAUCUACAGUGAAUUUGAUUUGAAUGAAAAAAAAAGGAAGCAUGAAGCAGGAGAAGAAAAGAAAACCCAAAAGCAUCCUUUGGAAGCAGAAGAUGUCCUUAUAAAACUGAUAAGAGUGCUUGCUAAUCUCUCCGUUCAUCCCAGUAUAGGAGCAGCUCUGGCAGCUAAUCACUACAUUGUGUCACUACUCAUUAUGGUAUUAGAAUACAAGUCAAUUGAUGACUGUGAGGAGCUGGUCAUCAAUGCAACAGCAACACUUAAUAGCCUAUCGUACUACCAAGUGAGGAAUUCUGCAGUUCAAGACAAGAAACUACACAUUGCUGAGCUGCUUUUAAAACUGCUAAUGAGCAGCAAUAUGGAUGGAAUUCUGGAGGCUGUGAGAGUCUUUGGCAAUCUUUCCCAGUACCAUGAAAUCUGUGACUUCAUUGUGAAGAGAAAGAUCUACAAGUUCAUGAUUGCUUUGCUCGAUGCCAAACAUCAAGAUGUAUGCUUUUCCGCCUGUGGAGUUCUGCUCAACCUUACUGUGGAUAAGAACAAACGAGCCAUACUGAAGGAAGAAGGAGGAAUUAGAAAGUUAAUAGAUUGCUUAAGAGACUUUGGGCCUACAGACUGGCAGCUGGCUUGCUUGAUAUGCAAAACCCUGUGGAACUAUAGUGAAAACAUCACAAAUGCUGUCUCCUGCUUUGGGGAAGAAGAUAUCAACACACUGCUUAUGCUACUUGCUUCUCUUUUAGAUGAGGAAGUAGUACUGGAUUACAAUUUCGACAAUGAUUUAAGAGACUACCACAAAAUGUAUUGGGAGACAGAGUUCAAACCUGUGGCAGAGAAACUACUCAGUAGACUUCAGAGACAACUCUCCUUCUUUCAGCCUAUCACCGUGACUUCAUUUUAAUCCAGAAGUUAGAGGAGUUAGCAGUACAAACCCUAGAAUACUUCAGUCAUUUAAAAUAGUAAGUAAAUGCAAACAGUGAUUGUUAGCAAUAUGUGAGAAACAACUCUAAAUGCUGACUGGUUAUUUUUUCAUGUAGAUUGUACAGUUAAAUAUUUCCAGUGCAACCUGUACAUUAAUAAGCAUGUUGGAUAUUAUGGAGAAAGAUGAAUAAAAUUCAUUUUAAUCUGACAUCUAGCCAUCUGUUGAGAAACUUAAAUGAAAAUGUGGUCACCCUCACUCAAAUAGAUCCAGUCUUAGUCCAUAAAAAUAACGUGCAGGUGUUGAUUUCAAGGAUGUUUGUUUGUCAUAAAGUGGUUUAUACCAGCCACAUAAGAUGAGCUUUUAGAUGGGCAGUUCCCAAUAGAGGUUGGUAGAUUUGGUUAUUGAUAAUGCCAAGGAUAUUCACAGAAUUCCUGGUAACUCAAGAGACUUCAAGUGCAAGUUUAUCCAUACUUGGAUGACUGACACACAUUGACAAACCUCACUUUACGCUUUCAGUUAGAGGCAUAAAGAUACCUCCCCAAGACAGAGCUGGCUUAACAAAUUUUGAUACAAGCAUGUGAGGUUUAGUUAGACCAACAGUGGGAUCUAUUUGGAUCACACAGUUGGAUUUGGUACUGAGAGGGUACUUAAUUAUUUAACUGGCUAAAAUAAAAAACUGUUGUGUCACUUUGAAGAUGACUAUGACCAGGAAUUUUUCAUGCGUCCUUAAUGCACUGCACUGGUGUAUAGCUUGACAGUAGGUGUAUGUUUGUGUAAGUGAAAAGUUAAAGUAGAACAACAAAAUAUGGUCACUAGCAGACAUUACAUUUAUCCUGCACUUAACAUGUUAUUCUCAUGAUAAAUGAUAAUAUGCAACAUCAGACCAAUUCACUGGACAAUAAAAAUGGAAAAAUCAGCUAUGUUGAAUGUGGAAAAUCUUUGUGGCUGAUUGGCAUCAUAGUUUAAAUAUGAACACAUCUUGUAGUGCCCCCUCAUCCCCAGCUGUCUG